AUGGGCGACGGGUCUGCCCCUCCCGAUUCUGGGACGGAGAAGGUUGGCCUGAUCAUGCCUGAGCCAACUACCAAAGACUCUGCAGUGCCUCAAAACCAAGAUCACGAUCAGACAACCUCGGGGCACGAUAAUCACCACCAAACUCUUCCGAGUAUCCUCGCAACUUCACAGCAAACGCCAUCUGUUCAGCCAACAUUGGCUCCCGCUUCAAACUUUGUCAAUAAUCGCCAUGGCCCCUACAACAUGACGACCAUGGCCAACGCCCUACCUCUGGACAACAACUAUCAUCGCGGUCCGUUCCAGAGAGGGGUUCAACAGAGAUAUCAUAACGGACCACCGCCGCCACCGCCUAUGGGCCCUCCCAUGCAGCAGAUGCCUCAGUAUACUGGUCCUUCGCUGAUGAACAUGGUUCCUCAGGGCUACUACGUUCCUCAAACCCACCAGAUGUCGCCAUAUUAUGGCGGUAACCACAUGCCAAUCAAUCAGAUCAACACGACGAUGCUGCAGAGACAAAGCAUGGCAUACUACCCGAACCCGAUGGACAUGGGGCAUCCUCAUACGCAGUAUUAUUACCCCCAGGCGGCUCAGUAUCCCGUCCAAAACCCGAAUAUGCAACACGUUAUCGCCCAAAACCAGCCUCCUCGCGCAGGAAUCGUUCAGCCCGCAGCGACGGAAGCCCUGGCUCGUAGUCAACCCCUGGGUGGGCCGCAAGUACCAUUCGUAUCCCGAAAACCUGUACAUGAUGAACAAAGGAGUUCCGUUCGAGGUUCUUCACGCAAGCCACGACAAACUGAAUUUGUCGUUAAUCGCGCUAUGGCUCCAGGUAACGCCGUUUGGAUCGGAAAUCUUCCACCUCAGACCGAUUUGAUGAGUCUCGUACACCACGUUUCGAAGGAGACAGGAGGACUCGAGUCUCUGUUUUUGAUUGCCAAAAGCAACUGCGCCUUUGCUAAUUUCAAAGACGAGGAUUCUUGUGCCACCGCUCAAAUUAAACUCCAUGAAUCGAGAUUUCAAUCGGUUCGGCUCGUCAGUAGACUACGAAAGAGCGAAAUUGACGGCAUUACUGGCCAGCCUGCACCAACCGGACCAAUCCCAGAUACGACCAACACUUCUAAACCGAUCAGCCAACCAAGGAGUAAAUCCUCGACAAAGAUUGAUAACUCGGACCCAGCCAGUGCUCCCGGUGAUGGAGAGUACCCGACAGUUGUUUCGUCAGGGAUGCCGGCAACAAAGCUUGAUAGAUUCUUUAUUCUAAAAAGUUUGACAGUUGAUGACCUUGAACUUAGUUUUCGAACGGGAAUCUGGGCAACGCAAUCUCACAACGAAGAAACGUUGACGAAGGCGUUCAAGCAAUGUAACAAUGUGUAUCUGAUCUUUUCAGCUAAUAAAUCUGGAGAGUACUUUGGAUAUGCACGGAUGGCUUCCGAGUUUAGCCCAUCUCUAGAUUCGACAAAGAAAACUACUCCCGUACCUCGAACGACGACCGAAGUAGAUUUAUCGAAAGAAAUCAUCACGGAGGCGACUGAAUAUGUUCCCAAAGGUAGCAUCAUCGAUGAUCCAUCGAGAGGAACCGUAUUUUGGGAAAAAUAUCAAGAAGAAACUGAAAAAGAUGGCGAUGCUGAAAACAAUGGCCUGGAUGGCAACGAUGUUAUUUCGAACGAAGAGGAGGACGAUAGGUCUUGGGGAAAGCCAUUCAGGGUCGAGUGGUUGUCUACAUCCCGUCUCCCCUUUCAUCGGAUUCGUGGGUUACGAAACCCGUGGAAUUCGAAUCGAGAGGUCAAGAUUGCCCGAGAUGGAACCGAGAUCGAGCCUUCUAUAGGCCAGAGACUUAUUGGCCUUUUCAACAACGCACAAGGUUCGGCAGCCGCAAGGCCAUCUGUUGGUGCGGGAACCAGGUAUCAGCAAAUAGGGUCGUACAACUAG